UCGAAAGGAAGAGUCAAGAAAUCAGUUUGAUUAAAAUAUUGGUAUACUGUUACAAAAAUAGCAUUACUGUUUUUGAGUUUUUUUAGUCUUGGGAUGGUACAGUUUACAAUGUCAUAAAGUUGAGGCAAAUUACUAAGGAGUUGUUUUUAGACUUAUUUAUUUUGGCAAAUCAAUUUGGAUGAUGAUUUAUUUUGGUUUCAUGGUUUAUAGGAAGCAAGAGCUCUGCUAGGAAGACUUGAGUAUCAAAAGGGUAACAUAGAAGCUGCACUUCAUGUAUUUGAAGGAAUAGACAUUGCUGCAGUGACUCCUAGGAUGAAAGGAUCCAUUUCUAGAAGAUGUGAACAAAAUAGACACCGUUCACAGAGUGAUUCUGUCCCACCUAUGUCCAUGCAUGCUGUUAGUCUGCUCCUUGAAGCUGUUCUUCUCAAAGAAAAAUCAUUGCAAGGCCUUGGACGAUAUGAAGAAAAAUUGUGAUGUGUUAGACCCGAACUGCCAACCCAAGAGAUCUAGCUAUGGGUUACCUGAGGACAAAUUUAUAUUUGCUUGUUUUAACCAGCUAUACAAGAUGGAUCCUGAUAUUUUCAAUACAUGGUGCAACAUCCUUAAGCAAGUACCAAAUAGUGCACUUUGGCUUCUCAGAUUUCCUGCUGCUGGCGAGUCGAGACUCUGCAAUUAUGCUGUUCAAAGAGGUGUACAACCAGAUCAGAUUAUUUUCACAGAUGUUGCCAUGAAGGGUGAACAUAUCGAGCGCAGUGCUUUAGCAGAUUUAUUCUUAGAUACGUAAGCAUGCUUAAUACUUUUUUUUCUAUUUUUUUAUUACUCAAGUGUAUUUAUCUUAGUACAAUACAAUAUGUAACUUUAUUUUGACAUUUGAUGUUGCUAAUGCUGAUUGAUUUUGCUAUUGCUGUUUUGUUUCUUUUUUUUUUUUUUGGUGGUGUGUGCUCUGUAGCAUUGCAUUUAGUUAGCUUAAUAUUUAGCUCAUAUUUUCUUGAGUCGUUGCACCAGAAUUCCC